AUGGCAUCGAGGAUCAGUAGUGACAUCAAUCAAGAUGUGUAUCUGGAUAUAGUGAUGGCUUUGUGGUCAUGGGAUCUGUCUCAGCCCUGCAAUGAACGACGACCUCAUGCCUGUAUCCAUCAACGCUGUAUCGGUGGUCGCAUUCCUCAGCUUCAGCGAUAUUUUGCGUACUACAAAGCAAUUGUCUCGACUUACAUGGAUGCAACUUCAGCGACAACCAGAAGAAUAAAAACGCAUGAGGACCUUUUCCAUAUCAUUUCCAUCUUGAAAACGAAUCCAGACGCCACUCUGUUAGAGCUGUGCCGUUUGAUUGAUCAAAGCACAGGCUCCCAGACGGCUGAUGGAACGAGAACAGUCGAUGCAGUGGCACUUGGUGUAAAGACUCUUUUGAUGGUCGACCCUUCAGCUCUGCAUCAUUCUUCUGACAGACUUGAGAAAGGGACAUACCGAAUUCACUGGAAAGAGGACGUGCCUUUCAGCAAAUACAUACAAGACUCGUUUCCACUUGGCAAUCACAGCAUUCUUAGUUACGAUAAUAGCGAGUCGUUCGCAGACGUCAAGAAGGAGCUCAAGGCGGUCAACCUGAAGAAGCGACUAGGAAUCACUAUCAAGGCGACAUCAGAUAUUCGAAACCACCUGCACUUUGACAGAAAAAACAACUACCUCGAGGUUUAUCACUACACUUCUUUUCUAAAAGAACAGUUGAGAGUGACUCGGGAUGUUGGAGAUUGCUCCAGUCCGUCUUCAUCACUCAAGAGAGGAGUAUUACCACGCCAACUAGUCCUCGAAGUAUUGGACUCCUUACAAGGAACUCUGUUCCCGCUCUCAGAUCCAAGAUCUAAGAAGCUUCUCCGCUCACUCAUAUCAAAAUGCUCUUUCGAUCCAGACAUCCUCAACUUCGAAGUCAGUUCUGUCAGACGUGUAGGAGAAGAGAGCGUUCCAUAUGUCUAUCUAGCCGAUCGACUGGCAGACUUGUACAACGAGCUCCAAACUCCUCGACCUCGCGGUUGGCUCCAGCAGUCGAUGCAGAGAAAGAGUGGUGCCAGACAUGUAAUGAUGGCUACACUCGUCGGAGUUAUCUUUGCUGUGCUUUUGGGAAUAGCGUCGCUUGCUGUGAGUUCAUAUCAAGCCUGGAUAGCAUAUCAGGCGUGGAAGCACCCUGUUCAACCAUCCUAG